AUGACGUAUGUAACUGAAGGGAACGUCGUGAACAAGCGCUCGUCGUGGAGAUUGUCCGUCAUACCCGACACGUUCUGGGGUGUCGUAAACCUCGUCGGACUCUUUGUGACGUCGUUGUUUUCGGAUGUGUCAUCGACCACUCGGUCCAAUACUAACAUUGGCUCAGCUCCACAUCAUGGCCCGGACAACAAUAGACGUGGAGGUCCACGUCGUCCCAUGGGACGAGUGAAUCGUCAGAGCACGGUCAAUAUGCCGAUGGGCGGAGGCUGCUGCGGUUAG